GUAAGGAUUACUGACUGAACUUACAUUUUCUACUUAGCCUAUAGAAACGUUACUUAGUUACCAAUAUAUUCCCGGUUGAUAUAUUGAUUGAUUGAUUGAUUUUUAUUUUACGAUUCUUCAGCAUUAAUAUGGAAGAACUGCAGAAAAAGCUUCAAACUGAGCUUGACAGUUUGAAGUCAGCUCAAAAAGAGUAUCACAAGGCAAUUAGUCAGCGUCAGACACUUGAUGGACAACUCAAUGAGAAUAUGGUAGUGAAAACGGAGCUCGACCUGAUGAAACCUGAUGGAGAAGUGUACAAACUGAUCGGCCCAGUGCUGGUGAAGCAAGACUUGGACGAGGCUAAGCAGAACGUUGCCAAGCGUAUGGACUACAUUAGUGGAGAACUGAAGAGGAUAGAGGACACGAUCAAUGCAUUAGACAGCAAACAGGAGACCCACAGGGAAAAGUUGGGCAAGUUACAGCAACAGUUUCAACAGGAGCAGGUCAAAGCUGCAAUGAAGGCGUAACCUACUCACUCAUCCUUUACGUUUAAGCUAACUCGUUACUAUCUUUUUAACUUUAUUUUUGUUCUUCUACUUACUAAUUUGUAACACAAUAAAUUAUUAUAAUUUUUUGGACUAA